CUGCAGUUCCGUGCCUGCGCAGCGCGUCCUUCCUGCUCGUUCUCAGGCCGGUCCUGUCCUACAGAAAGUAUUAUUCAUUUUUGCAAGGGCGGCGUUGAAAAAACAAGAUCUACAAAAAGAAGCGCAUUUUCUUUUACAGGAUCUUUUGGUCACCAUGUCAGAAACAGUGAAGUAUGUUGACGACGAACACAGAACAGUCUUUCUGAAGAUACUAAACGAGCAGCGGUUGGAAGGUGAAUACUGUGACAUUGCCGUCGUUGUGGAAGAUGUGAAAUUUAGGGCACACCGCUGUGUGUUGGCAGCUUGUAGCAAUUAUUUCAAGAAAUUAUUUAAAAAACAUGAAGUUGACAACUCGUCUGUGAUUGAGAUUGAUUUCUUGCGCUCUGAUAUCUUUGAGGAGGUACUAAACUACAUGUAUACUGCCAAAAUUUCUGUGAAGAAGGAAGAUGUAAAUCUUAUGAUGUCUUCUGGCCAGAUCCUUGGCAUUCGUUUUCUGGAUAAGCUUUGCACUCAGAAAAGGGAUUCGUCUGCCCCUGGAGAAAAGAAGGCCAAAUAUGCUUAUGGUGUGGUUGAUAAAAUCACUAUUCCAAAUACAGACUCACAUGAUAACCAUGACGAUGAUGUAGAGGUUCUUGGAGAUGAGAGUCCAUCAGACAAUGUUGUAGAAGAGACCCAACCAAACCACGAAGUUGACAAGUCACCCCAUAGCACACUUAGAGUCCAAGAAGCAAUUCUUAAAGAACUCAGCAGCGAAGAUGUUCAUAAGGUGAGCUGCUAUAGCCAAGAAGUGGAAUCCAUGGAGACAGAGCCUAAAGACUUGGGUUCGCAGACACCCCAGACUCUAACGUUUACAGACAGCAUAAGUGAGGUCAAAGAUGAGCAGCCACCAGGGUGGACAACAGCCGCUGGAGACAUGAAGUUUGAAUAUUUGUUGUAUGGGCACAGGGAACAGCUUGCUUGUCAGGUCUGCGGCAAGACCUUCAUAGAUGAAAACCGACUGAGAAAACACGAGAAGCUGCAUUCUGCAGAGCGGCCGUUUAUUUGUGAAAUGUGCAACAAAGCCUUCACCACUCACGCUCAUUUAAAAGAACACCUAAAAAUACAUACAGGCUACAAGCCCUACCGAUGUGACGUCUGUGGAAAGUCCUUUAUCCGUGCGCCAGACCUUAAGAAGCAUGAAAGAGUCCACAGCAAUGAACGCCCCUUUGCAUGUCAAAUGUGUGACAAAGCAUUCAAGCAUAAAUCCCACCUGAAAGACCAUGAAAGACGGCACAGGGGAGAAAAGCCCUUUGUUUGUGGCUCCUGCAGUAAAGCGUUUGCCAAAGCAUCAGAUCUAAAAAGGCACGAGAACAACAUGCACAGUGAACGCAAGCAGGUCCCUGCCAGCGCUAUUCAGAGCGAGACAGAGCAGUUGCAAGCAGCAGCCAUGGCGGCUGAGGCAGAACAACAACUGGAAACUAUAGCAUGCUCGUGAAACUGGAACAAACUAAUGGUCAGCUGCAGUUAUGUUUUGAAAGUGUUCAGGAAUUGUAUAGUUUUUUUAUUAUUAAAUUACAUUUUAGAAGAACAAUGUUUUUUAAAAACAUGUUUGGUUAGAAAUGAAUUGUCAAAACUACUAAAACAUGAUUGUGUUAAUUUUUUUAAAUUAUUUUUUUUAAAACAAAAGUUGCUUCACUUGCAUCUGUCAAAUGCAUAAUGUCAGUUUUGUAAUAGGUUAUCCUGUCUAAGGUGUAAAAAUUGAAUACUUAAAGUAUAUAUAUAUAUAUACACCAAAGCUGUACAAUGACUUAGUUUAAUUAAGGCAGUUUAAUUGAGGAUGACUGUGAUGCCUUACUUUGGUUGUAUGUACUUUGUAUGUACCGUUGUACAAUACCAAAUGUGUAAAUAAACAAUAAGUAAAUGAAUAACAGUUCUAAAAUAAGACAACACUAAUGAAUGACCUUUUGAAAGUAAUUUUAAUGCAUAAUGUUUAUAUUGGUAAGAAGUGUAUGCAAGAUACGUUUUACACAUGCUCUACAUACAACCAGUUUAAAAAGGGGUUGAAAGAAGUUAAAGUGCUAGCAAUUUUUAUAAUAAAAACACAUACUGUUACUUAUGAGUGUGGACUGGUUCUGUUGUAAUACCCAACACAGAUACUGCUAUACAUGAUUAAGUAAAUGCUUAUAGGUAAAGCUGCUUCCUGAUUCUGUUGAUACAGAUUUCUGCACUGUGGACAUUACUACCAUCAUUGAUUUACCUUUUCUAGAUUUAUUUUUUUUAUUUUUUUUUGCUGUAAAAGCUGUGAAAUUAGUGUUUGGACAACGUGUAGAAUAAAUGAUCCUAAAUAAACACAAACAAUCCAAGUACAUUUUGGGACGCACAACAUCAGAAUAACUUGUAAGUACAGGUAUAUGCUCUGCAGACCCACCAUCACCCUGAUAUUUUCAGAUGUGAUUUUGCAAUUUUGUUUAACUAUUAUGAAAUUAUAUUUUUUUACAGUAAGAAUCUAUGAAAGGCAAAGCAGUCAAGAAUAUGCAAUUCUUUUCAUUAGAACUUUUAAGUUCACUUUGCUUAAGGACCUGCGUUAAAGUUGGCAAAAAAUAAAAAUACAAAAAAAAAACACUAAGAAAAUAUUAGUAGGAU